AUUUUUUCAAUUACUAUUAUAGCAUCAAUUCUAAUUAUCAUCACCAGUGUAGUUAUAACUCUAGCUUCCAUUUUAUCAAAAAAAGCACUAACAGAUCGUGAAAAAUGUUCCCCCUUUGAAUGCGGAUUUGAUCCCAAGUCUUCUUCACGACUACCUUUUUCACUUCGAUUUUUUUUAAUUACAAUUAUUUUCUUAAUUUUUGAUGUAGAAAUUGCCCUUAUUUUACCUAUAAUUUUAAUUAUUUCAAUUUCUAACAUCAUUAUAUGAACUACAACAAGUAUUGUAUUUAUUAUUAUCUUAAUUAUUGGACUAUACCAUGAAUGAAACCAAGGUAUAUUAAAUUGAUCAAAUU